GUUCAUUUUAUUAAUUAAUCAGUUGUAAGUUUAUAUUGCAUACUCCUCUCCACUUCCUUUGAAGCACAGUGGCCAAAUGAAAGCUUUAUGUUGUUGAUCAUGUAUUGUAUAGAACCUGCGUAAUGUUACACCAGCCACUGUUGUAACAUUACGCUGGUGACUAGUGUAAUGUUAUGCCUGUUCAAUCUUGCAUAUGAAUUUGAGUAUAAAUAUACUGAGCAAAAUCUUGAAGCUGGUUAAUAAAAAUUCAUGUAGCUUUCUUUACCACUGUGCAAACUGGCUUUUUCUGUGUGAAUUUUCAUUUUAGGAGUUGGAACAUGUUUACAGAAUCUCCAAGCUACUGGAAUCUAGGUUUUUAGGACAAAUUACCUUCUUGAAGACUGCAAAUUUCUUAGUAUAGGGAAUGCUGUCCAAUGCAGGCCCGCAUUAUUCAUUGUAAAAACUUUCAAACAAUUCCAUUCAAUGUCAUUCAGUGCACUAUUUAGAUUUAUACCUUUCCAAAUAUAUUAUCAUUUACUUGAAUUGAACUUGAGCAAUCAAAACUUCUGAUUCACAAUCAAGUCAACUGAAACAAUGUUUUUAAAUGAAACGGAACACACAAUUUUCUUUAGGAAUCUUACUGAAAAGUAGCUGUUUGCAAAAAUAUUUAUUGUUUCUCUAAAAGGGCCUAUAAAUUCACGACUGAGCUGGUAAAUUUGUAAGGUAAAUAUUAAUCAGAAAUCAAAUCAUGAAAUCGCAAAUAGCAUUAAAGUUAUUACUCAUGUGUGCCAGAAGUUAAAGGAGAGGAGGAAGAAGUAGCAAGCCUGGUGUGCAUGUGCAAGUUGCCCAACUAAUGGUUGCCUUCUUGUUCUCUUUCUUACGUAUGUUCACAGGUAUGAAAGAGGAGCUUUCUAAUGAGGCAUCCCUCUCUCAUUGAUACGUACGUACGGUACGAACCUGCCACCUCAGCCCAUGCUAAAGCUAAUGCUGCGUUUGUAUUCUUGAAUAGCUGCUACACACAAGCUAUGUGAUGAUCACAUGACAUACUAAGAUCUGAUUUAACUCAUAGAUUACAUUUGUAUUGCUGUAUCAUAAUCAUGGCAAAUAAAUCAGAAUUGCCAAUCGGUUGUAAGUUCUGAGACAUGAAACAGCUAGUGCACCUCUGACACAGUGCGCUGAAUUGUCUGAUUGCGGUUGUUUUUGUUUAUUAUCUUUGCAGGAAAAGCCCUGGCGAAGCCAAGAUGAAAGUGCACCAGGGGAAUUUGGAAGGUGUGCUACGUGAACAGCGGAAGGUGAAUAAACAAGCAGGUGCAGGUGGGGCUAGUGUAUUUGCUAGCCUCUCGAAGCUGCAUCAGCUAUGUUGCUACGUUUAUCUUCCACCCGCUGCUCUCGGGUUGCUACAAUCCGUCGCUACCUAUGCCUCGUGCUCCGCCUACCGUGGUGGACCAAACCAAGCACCCAGUCUACUGUGGCAAAAAGACCAGCAAAGACGACAUCAUGUACCUGCUGUGCCAGCCUCUCCCUCGUCUCACUCCUGAACAACGUGAUUCUCUCCAGAAGGCUACCAAAUACUCCAUGGAGCAGAGCAUCCGCAUGGUGCUCAUGAAGCAAACUCUGGACCAGCAACAGCAGCAAGCCAAGUCACUGCAGCGGCAUCAAGCUUUGGUGCUGAUGUGUCGUGUAUAUGUGGGAAGCAUAAGCUUCGAGCUCAGGGAGGACACAAUCAAGAAUGCCUUCAUCCCCUUUGGCCCCAUCAAGAGCAUCAACAUGAGCUGGGAUCCUAUUACGCAAAAACACAAAGGGUUCGCUUUCGUCGAGUACGAGAUGCCAGAAGCUGCUCAGUUGGCCCUGGAGCAAAUGAACAGCGUCAUGAUCGGCGGCAGAAACAUUAAAGUCGGCAGACCUUCCAACAUGCCUCAGAUGUCUUAUCAGGUGGUGAUUGAUGAGAUCAUGGAGGAAGCAAACCACUACAACCGCAUCUACGUGGCAUCAGUGCACCAGGACCUCACUGAAACCGACAUCAAGAGCGUCUUCGAGGCGUUCGGCAAGAUCCGUAUGUGCGUUUUGACGCCCUCGCCCACUCCUGGCAAACACAAAGGCUAUGGCUUCAUCGAGUACGAAACUCCCCAGUCUGCUCAGGAGGCUAUUGCUUCCAUGAACUUGUUUGACUUGGGGGGCCAGUAUUUGAGAGUUGGACGAGCCAUCACACCUCCUGGAUCUUUCUAUGGUCCGUUGCAAGCACCCACACAGAUGCCCACAGCUGCUGCGGUUGCAGCUGCGGCAGCCACCGCCAAGAUUCAAGCUUUAGACGCGCUCACUACUAACUUCAGCAUCGUCAACAACAUCACCGCCGCACUCACGCAGCAACAACAACAGCAGCGAGCUUCACUUGCGACCGGUGGCGUGAGUGCUGUACCCAGCAUAGCAGGUCUGCCACCAGUGCUGAUGACUGGCGUGGUGCCACCUGUUGGUGUGGUUACAUCAUUUGGCACUCCUACACCAGCUCCUGGCUUGGGUUCCAUCGGCCUCACAAGUUUAGGCGGGCCUCUCAGUGGCAUGGGUGGACUCGGCAGCCUGGGUACAAUGGCGGGCAUGACGGCUCUCGCUGCCGGUGCAGCGAUCCCUCCACCUACUCUUUUAGGUGCUCCUGUGAGCGUGGCGUCUCUGCAGCCUCCACAACAAAUGUAUCAGCCUUUGCCUCCACCCACGAUGGUCUCGGCACCGAUGGUCGCGUCGACGCUCCCGUCAGGCGACUCAUACGCAGUUGGCGGAAUUUCUCCGACCACGGCCGCUAAUACUGCCGCGGCUGCGGCUGAAACCAGUCACAGAGAAGAAAUGCAGAAAAAGAUGUUAGAUGAUUCUGAGCCGCAGACUCUGCGACAGCAAGAGAACAUGAGCAUCAAGGGACAGAGUGCGAGGCAUCUCGUCAUGCAGAAGCUCAUGCGUAAGAGUGAAAGCACUGUCAUCAUCCUCCGAAAUAUGGUGAGCAUAGAGGACGUUGACGAAGUGCUGCAAGAUGAAAUUACUGAAGAAUGUAGCCGUUAUGGUGCAGUCGAACACGUUAUCAUCUACCAAGAAAAGCAAAGUGAAGAGGAAGACGCUGAAGUCAUAGUAAAAAUUUUCGUCGAAUUUUCCAAAGUGCAGGAGGCAGAGGCGGCUCGGGAGUCUUUGAAUGGACGGUAUUUUGGUGGCCGGCUCGUGAAAGCCGAUCUAUAUGAUAAGAAUCUAUACGAUCAUAAUGAUCUUUCUGGGUGAUAGUUGUUAGGUCCUGGCGUAGACCAUUAUCUGUUAUCGCAUUUCUAUGAAGUGCAUAGCUUAUUUUUUUUAUGCGCUUAGAAUUUUUUUUAUCAUGACAAUUAAAUACUACAUUGAGCUGGCUGAAAUGUGAUUCAUAUGCUGCUCAAAUCUCAAUUAUAUGUGUCAGGAUUAUAAUGAAGUUUACUAGGGUGUCCAAAAAAAUGUUCGCACCCACUAAAAUGGUAUGAAGCAUCCACCAGAUAUUGAAAAAUACCUAGCCGAUGUAGGGGUGAACAAUUGAACUAGAUUUCCUUGAUACUUUCUGUUCAAUAAUUUCUUGUGUGAAAUAAAUCUUUAGUGACAGCUUGAGCCCAUUGCGUGAACGAUUUAUUUUAAUGUAACAUUUGCAAUCCCCUUUAUGCUUCAUGUUGUUUUCCUGGCGACUACAACUUUCUAACUUUAUUAGGGUUCAGGGGUUUCAAGUUUUAACUGCCUGUUCGAUUAUUAAACCUUUAUCACAAUUAUCUAGUGGAAAAUCUUUCAUUGCAUUCAAUUAAACAACAAUUUUCUAUGUUCUUCUCAUCCAGUAAUCAUGUAAUAUUGGUCUUUGUUAGGCUGUCGUCACGUGUGUUAAUUUUGAAUGAGCUUUUUUAAUUUGGUGCUUAAUUGACGAACGUUAUGUCCUAUGGAAUUUUUUUUUCGUGAUAUAUUCUACAUUUCACAAUUCGAGUGUAAAUUUCCAAUUUUCUUAUCUCUAUUCUCAUCGAAAUUGAAAACUUGAAUGUGGCCGAAUUUUAAAUAUUGCUCUGCUGCGCACGACUUCUUCUGGUGCGAAACGGAAAUGUUGAAAUUAUUCGACUAAAUUCCACCGCGAUUCGAGGUACUAAUGACAGAUUAAUUUGCUUGUAAUUAGGAGUUCUGAUGAAGGUUAUUCAUCUAUAAAGGAACCUUAGGAGGCUGUAUAUAUUAUACUGUAGCUAUUGUUUACUGUUGUAAGAUCCACACUGAAUGUA